AUGAAGAGCUGGCUGUCCACCCGCAAGACGGCGCUGUUUCAGGGCGCCAGCGACAUGAUAAACACGGCGACGAGCAACGUCAUCACGCCGAACACGAUCCCGCAGUUCGUCAUCCCGAACCGCUGCGACGCCGGCAGCAACGAGAGCAUGCUCAGCGAGGUCGGCGGCCAGGAGAGCGACGAGCAGCUGAGCGUUUGCAGCAGCGUCGGCUCGUUGCGACACAAUCCGACCAACCUGACGCUCGAGCUGCCCGAGGAUCGCGCGCAGCCCGUCAACGAGGAGCCGCGCUCGUGUCCGUGCAGUCCCGUUAUCAAGUACCGCAACGAACCGAAGCGAGAGUUCAGCUCGGCCGAGUGCCUGCGCGCGCUCGUCUACGUCACGCAGCGCAUACGACGCAAGAGCGCGUCGCCGCUGCGAGGCGGCGCGUCGCAGGCCAGUCUGUCGCCCGACGCCGAGCAAGCGACGAACCGCAGCGGCCGCCUGCUGUCGAUCGGCGCCGACCAGUGCGUCCGACAGCGAUCCGGAUCCGAGUCGCAGCUGAAGCUGAUGGCGACGCGGCGGGCGAGCUCGCUGAAGCCAGACGAGGUCGGCGCGCAGGACCCCCAGCGCAACAAGUCGGCCAGCUUCAGCAUCUCGGAGCCGCUGCGCAACGUCUGCCUGCGGUCGGCGCUCGAAAAGGACGUCGACCUGCAGCGCCAGCUGGCGAGCAAACUCGCCAAGAAGUGUCCGUCGUCGCCCGGCGGCCGACAGAGGAGCGACAGGCGAGAGAAUAGCUCGCUGCGGCGUCGGCAGUCGUCGCUGACGAGCACCGACGAACGGCUCUACCUCGCCGGCUCCUCCUGUCCGCAGGUGAAGAUCGAGAAGAGCGACUCGAUUGACCACAACGGCUUCAACGCCGCCGACGUCGGCUUCCCAUUUCACGGCAUGCCGCUCUACAAGAGCCAGUCGCAGGACUCUCGUCUGUCGGAGAUCGACGAGCCGUUGGCGGCGAAGCUGACGAUUGCUAACUCGUACAACGGCGUCAUCAAGUACUCGCUGCAGUACCUGCCAGGCAGCGAGCAGCUGAAGGUGCUUGUUUUGAACGGGGUCGACGUCGGCGGCCAGCAUCGAGUGCACGCCGUCAGCAGCUGCGUGCGCCUCUGCCUCAUGCCAGGCAAGCUGCAGAAGACGACGACGCGCACGAUCAAGAACACGCAGGUGCCAAACUUCGACGAGGAGUUUCACUUCGCCAACCUGACGAUAGAGAUGCUGCCGCAGCUGCAGCUGAAGCUGAAGGUGAUCAACAAGGAGAGCCAGUUCACGAAGCCCGAGAUUCUCGGCGAGGUGUGGGCGAAGCUAGAUCCCGUCGAUCUGACUACGGAAACUAUCUUUAAAAGUCGCCUGAAGCCAAGGUCGUCCUUGUUGCACGAUGUGGCAACAUAA